AUGGCAAUUAGCAGAAAUUUGAGAAGAAGCUCGUUUUUGAGAUUAUUUAGAGACGAUACGUAUAACAGAAACGUAUGUAGAAGACAUUUCGCAUCCUUCAAUUUUAUCGACGAUAAAAAAACAGCCGAGGAGACAGUGUAUUUUAAGAAACAAGAGGAAGCCAUAUUGGCCCGGAUGUUGGAGAAGGAUCCGUCACUUGACCCAAGAUACUCUGCACCUUCUUACGAACUGGAACUGUUCAGCGAUUUAUCUCUAGGUAAUGAAGAACAAUUUAUGGAAUGUUGUAGCUUUAAGUAA